AGAACGUAAGGCACGUCUCUCUCGCCGUCGAUAUAAAAGAAGACACAAUAAGUUUGUGGCGAAGAAUGUGUUAAAUAACGCAAAGCCUAUGUUUUUGACGAGUUAUACGGGCAGUGAUCGGCACACGUACUCAAACAUCUCCUCACCUCCAGGAUUAUAUGUUUUGGAUUUCAAUUCAUUGGGAAAGGAUGUGAGCGUCAAGAUAUACGUCUCUCAAUACUAUCCGUAUCCACUUCUGCCAAAUGAACCGGACAUUCAUGUGGUGUCCGUCCGAAGCGACGAAGUGGUCAUCAGUUGGCCUCCGAGUCCGUCGGAAGCGAUCGCCACUAUUGACUACUGUGUGUCGAUCGGCACCAACAAGAAGUGGGCCGACAAUUGUCUGCUCGACACAUACCUUAAAGAGGAGGAGAGCUAUGAGUUGGAUCUGUUGCCGUCGGAGGCGAUCACAUCAUUCAGCUAUUGGUGGGUCCGGACAGUGAAGAAUAUGCUGAGACAGUCGCGGCUCAAGUCGAUGGCCGACCACAGCGUUCGGGUGGAGUGUAUCGGCAAACAGACCGCACAUACACUGCGGCGGUUAGACAAUCGCCGCCACAACCAGUACUUUAUCGACGUUUACGCCAGAAAUACGGUCACAAACUCGACGUCAAUGUACCGCACGGUUAACGUCACACUUAUUAAUACAGAACCCAUUGUGGUGUCGGACGACCAGAAUAUUGUCAUCAAAUUGAAUCAAACAAAUAAUUUCACACAAAUCUUACACUACAAGACAUUGGGUGGAGACGGAGGCACCGAUACUACUGUCGACAAGUUAUGGCUAUUUUUGCAAACCUGCACUGGUUUUGGACCAAUUCGUAUGACCGGCACAGCCGUCACUUCGGCCAACCCUAACGUCACUACGAAUACAGCAAUAAAUCGGACGCUAUUUACUCAAAAUAUAUUUUCAUUGAAAACACUGGAGUUUAAUGUGAAUGACGGCAGGCGUAAGACCACAAUAGACCACAAGAACCAGAGUUUAAUAGUGUUUGCCAUCAGUUCGGGUGCGAACACAGACAGGACCGCCGUAUUUACUCUAAGCAAACGUCACAAUCGUUUUCUAUACCCACUCCUACCGGAAGACACAAAACUCAAAGUAAUGGCAACGUUGACGGACUGCCGAUCGGUUACACUGGCCUGGAAUGCGAGUCCCGACGAUAAGGUCCAGUACUGUAUUUACGUUCGGGAGGCUAACCAUCAUCACACCUCGUCAUCCAAUGUGAUCGCACCCGUAGAUAAUGCGUGUGUCGAUCAGGGAUUGACCAUCGGAUCCGAAGCUAACAACAAUGAUAUCGAUUCCGACGACACAAACGAUAGUUUACGAAAAGUUUUGUGUAAAAGGUAUCACAAGUCGUCGAAACGACGGUUUAAUAAUAAGAUCAUUCAGUCGGUGAGGGGUCUGUCGUCGGGCCAGACCUAUGUCUUCCUAGUGAUGAUCACUAAAUACAGGGGCAAAACUCUGGCCUACGAACAGGUGUGGGCCACAACUCGCCCUAAAUACCAGUGCUAA